AUGACAACUACCUGUGAAAAAAACGAGUGCGCUUGCGCGAACGGCAGUGCAGCGGUCGGUGCGGAGUGUACCACUCAUAGUGCGGAAAUUUGCAAGAGUUGCAACGCCGGGUUUGAAAUUGUGGAGGGGAACAAAUGUGGGGAAGUUGUUUUGACGACUGUUCCAGCCGUAGUUCAUCCGGGCAGUGGUACAACUACACACGACAAAGAAGAGCUUGAGAACAACAAAAAGCCGGAGAGCCACCUGCUCGAAAACAAGGUGGAGCAGCAGCCCACCUCGGGAGUAGAAGAUCAUGAAGCAGCUUCUGACCAAAACAAAGACCCGACGGAGGUGAUGCUGGGCAGCUCGGGGCAGGGAAGUGAUCUGAAAUUCGGUGGACAUGCCCGGGGUGGGAAGGCGUCGCCGGUCGACCUCACCCGCAGGGAAAAAGUCGCGGGUUUGAAGCAAAUCAUGAGAAAGAUGGGAAAAAAAAAUGACGAGAAAGAACAGCUGAAAUCCGCCCCCGAAGGGCACGAAGUCAUUGCUGCGAGGCCCUACGAUGUGCCGCCGCCAGGGGUCGUGCUUCCCUCGUCUAACGAACAACCGGACGAGACCACGCAAGGGGCGUGUUGCGCCUUCGUUGUGUGGCAUGUUGUAUUCGUUGUCUUUCUAUGUUUUGUAGAUAUUUAUUGCACUAGCAACCGAAUUACAAUUAUCUUCCACCUCCCAACAAAAUCAAAAGGUCUGUACAGUACCUUGUCCCGCCUUCACUCGAACCCCUGAAACCCAUUUUGAGGAGCCGUAUUGUUUUCCCGAAGUCUUUAAAGCAUGAUAAAGAUAUAUUUGUAAAAAUAUCUUUGGGCUGGCGCCACUUGUCCCCCACUCUAAGUGAAUAUGAAACCCGACGACCGAAAGAUACCAUGCUUCCUUGAACGAACGAGCAAUCAUACCAGCCCCCCGGCUAACAGCAGGAUCUCUUCGCGUAAAUCAAAAUUCUUUCGAAAUGGCACGCAAAAAAGCUGCCCGGCAGCUGCUCAGGUG